AAAUCACUUAAAUUGCCACCAUUUGAUACAGCUUAAAUUGUUACAAAAGUUUAUAUGAUUAUGCACUGUAAAGUAGAUUAACCAGUCAAAAUCAAUGUUCAUUCUUUCAUAUAAAUAAUUGUGUUUGUUAUUAUGAGUUUCGACCUCUUUACUUCUGAAUAGUAAGAGUGAAAAGUUUCAGAUAACAUGCAUGUUUGAGUUUCUCUAUUGCCUCUUUCUAGGGUUCACAAAUCCGGUUUGGCCAGUUUUUUGGGAUUUCAGCAGAACCGGAAUAUCCAGGGAGAACUGGCUGUGUUUGUACUCUAAUGAAGGACUGCUCCAACCUGUUUACUGGGGUGGAGGUGGAGGGUGGAGCUGAGUGAGACACUCUCCUUGCCAUUCUCUGCUCCUUUCCCAUCUUUUCUCAUUCUCUCUCUGUUUCUCUGUUCAUCUCUGCUGCCAUCGACUAGCUCUCCAGGACUAAGGAGGAGACAGAUUUGAAUCCUUAUGCGGAACAGAAGACAGAAAGACACGCAGACGCACAGACAGAAAGACAGACAGUGACAGGUCCUGGUUUGGACUGGGAAGAGCUAAUAAUAUUUGUGUAGUGGAUGAUAGGAGAGAGGGUUGGAGCUGAGUCCAGGUCAGCUAAAACAGCUGAAUUGCACCAUGGCUCUGGAGGGUUUUAAUGAGCUCCUCCACAGGCUGAAGGAGGCCCAUGAGCGAGAACUUGAAGUAUGGCAAGAUAAAAUUCAGGAGCUGACCAAUAAAAAGGGUUGUCCAACAAGAGAGCCAGGAUGUCCACCCAGAAGAUGGGAACUUGUAGUGUUACUUACCAUGAGGAGUGAUACACAGCGAAUGGAGGAGCUGUUCAACAAGAACCAACAGCUAAGAGAGCAGCAGAGGUUACUCACAGAAAACAUCAAACAGCUGGAAAACAGGUUGCGGGCGGGGCUCUGUGACAGGUGUACGGUUACUCAGGAAGUGGCCAAACGCAGGCAGCAGGAGUAUGAGACCUCUCAGAUCCUGAGCAUUCAGCACAUCUCCACCCUUGGGAGUGAGAUGAAUACAAUGAAAAAGGAGAACCAGAGACUACAAGAGGAAAUUAGACAUCUUAGAGCAGCACUAGAAGGUCAAAGUGGACAUUCAUCCUCCAAGGAUGCAACCCAAGGGGUCAAAAAGUCUGCCAGCCUUUCGCCUUCUGCUAUGCCACACAUCACCCCAGCCAUUCGGUCCACUCUCAACCAGCCACCAGAGGGCACCACUGCAGGGCUGUCCAUAGUCAAGACUGAGGCAGACUUCUUUAGAGCUGAGGAGACACUACCUGAAGGAAGGCAUGUGAGGGAUUGGAAUGGACGACAAAUCUAUAAAUCCCAUAAGCCACUAUCCAUGUCCCCUCCCAUCCCACGAUCAUUGAGGCCAGAGCACAGUACAGCCAGAGGCAACAUUAGGCAGAAGAGAGCCCACAGUGAGGGAUCCCACCUUCCAUCCACUCACCCCUGUCUGCUUGACUUGAAGAAAAACCCUAUUCCUUCUUCUUUCAGCUCUUUAUCUACCUCCUCCUCUCUACCUGGAGACGACAAGCAGAGCCGUCACCUGGUCCAUGCUCCCGUCCCCUACCGGCCGCUUCCGGUCAAGAAUGCCCGUCUUUCCAUCCCCUGGCCCUUGCCCGAGCACUCCAACUGGGUCACCCUGGCCUCCUCCAUGAGCGAUGGCCCAGUGGUCCACCCCAACCAUAACAACCGUGCACACGUCUCCAACCUCCAGACCUUCCACCAGCAGAGCAGCAACGCCACGCUGAACCGGAAACAUAGUACCGGACAGAAUUGGCCAAAGCCCAGCCACUCUCCCCAGGCAAGUCUGACCAGGAGUCCGUCCAUUAAGCCUUUGGAGCGACCAGUAGCACAGGACCAGAGCAGCAUGAGCAAGCGGUCUCCACAGAGAGAUGCGGUGGCUCACCAAGACAGAGUGUUUGGGGAGGGUCUCAAAGAGAUUGACGCUCCUCUGGACCUUUCUGAUCCUGGGAAAUCCAAAAGUAAAUCACCACAGGACAGCAACCCCACAAUGCAGGACAUAGAUGGAGAGACAUCUAACAGAGACACCAGGACAGACACAUCACAAUACAUAUCCCAACCGGCCUGUCCUCGCACUGCCUCCUCUUCUUCCUCUCCACCUGCUUCUCGGUUAUCCUCCUCUUCCACACCUCCUUCAAAUCAACACAGGCAAAGCCCCAGCAAUUCUAAUCCGAAGGAGGAAGGAACAUCAAAAAUGGAGGAAGAUGAUGGGAAAGCAGAUCAAGGAAGCGAAAUGGAAUUUGGGGACAGAAAGGUCCCUGUUCUGACUAUCUCACUGCGUCCAGUGGUGCUCCUCGAGGCUCUGAAUACCAGAUUACAGAAGCAGCUUUCCUCCGAUGGCAAGUCAGCCCAGAGCAUUGCUUCAAGGAGCAGUUCAGAUGACCAGGAUGUGGAGAGUCAUCUGUCUGGGUCAGAAAGCAGCCAAAGCACCAAGAGGAAGCUAACUGAUAUAGACCCAGACACAGAAGAUUCUCAUCAGAAGGAGGGAAGAAUGAGUCUUCUUAAUACUUUGACUUUGGAGAAGAGCCAAAGUGACACAGAUGACAGAUCAAAUAUAAAUUCACACUGAGGUCUGUUUCUGCAACAGACUGUGAAGAUGUACAGUACGUCCUUAAUCUGAACCCAUUUGCCCAUCAGGAGACUUAUCAUGCAGCAACAGGACAUUCUUUAUUAUUUGAAUUCAAAUUCAUGUACAUUUUAUUUGGGGUUGAUACACUUUCCAUUAGGACAAAAAAUAAAUAAUCUUAGAAUGCUAAUUACAAAUUAAGAAUACUUUUUGAACAUUGAACACACUGGCAUUUCCUACUAACCUAAUAUGCGUGAACAUACAACAGGGUGAUCAAAUUAAAAUAUUGCAUCUGUACUGUCUGUACUACUGUAUGCAUGGGAGGUUGCCUACAUAUCACACUGCUGAAAGGUCUCACUGAGAAGUGUCAAAUAGAAUGUGUCAUUUUCACAGGAAAUCCCUGUCUAACCAAUACAGUGAGCAAGAAAGAGUGUAGGGGUACAGUGUAGACAAAGUAUCUAUCCUUUCCCAUCUGGGGAACUUUAGCAGGAGUGUAAAAGCUUUAUCUGGCUGCUAGUAAUCUUUGCAUGAGAGGAAGAUAUCGUAUUAUUUCUUCAAGACCACAAAAUGAUUAUAAUAUUCCAUGCUACACAGCAAGACCAAAAAGGACAGCAUUGUAUAACGUUACUGUAACACAUAUACCAUGCAUCAUACAGCAUAUUAGCCAUUAGUGCUAAAUAUGUUUGACAGCAGAGCCUAUUAGUGGCCUAUCCAUCAGCAGCCCUUGACAUUCUGCACGUUGUACUCUCGUUAUAGGAACUCAAGAUGGCUAUCACUUAUUUAAAUGUAAAAAUGUAUUCCACCGCCGCUACAUCUGCAUCGCAUAACCUGCAAUCACAAAACUGAUUAGGGUGAAUGAAGACAAUUCAGGUCAAAUAAACAAUCUGGAGAAAAUACAAACUCUGUGACCUACCUAUAGUCCUUCAUAUUACCUUCCUGUCCAGUUUUGUAGUGGAGGCCCUGGGUAAAACUGUACUUCCAUUGUCUCUAUGUUGGAACUGCACUGACAAACAAUGUGUCUUCGUUUACUAAUUUCCCCAACUGCAAAACAAAAGAUCAUGUCCUCCCAGUUGCUAACUCUUAAGUUUCCUUGAAGUUCUGUGAUCAUCCCAUUUUUAUUUUCAAGGAUUUCUAGCCAGAGCUAUCCAAAGUGCACACACGGGGAAACAUCUUCUGUCAUAAUUGCUUGCAUUGCUUCAGUCGUUAACUUUUAGCAUAACAUUGUAGACAUGCUGUAACAAAACUGUUAUUGGAAAUUAGUCUGUAGAUUAAUUUUUCUGUUAUAUUACUUUUAGUCAGCAGUGUAGAAUACCAACAGCUGACACACGGGUCUACUGUACUGUACAACAUUACGUUAAAGCAAUGUGGCAACAAACAGGCUGCUGGCAUUGUGCGAACUGAUAAUAAUGCAGAUACUAACUCAGUUUGUCAAAAGUAGCUAUUGCUAACUGGUGUGACAUAUUAAUCUUCGUAUGCAAUGCACUGUUUGAACAAUAAAUUUCAUUUAACUUGCUGGUUUACCGAAUGUUAGCAAGCUUAGCAAAUCAUGCUCACUUUCAUGAGAUUGUCAAACUCACUAAAUAAUUGGUGCACAAACUCCUUAACUAAAUUUGGCAACCAUAACUUGGUUAUCUAUCAUUUAUUUACAUAUUUAUUGUUUAAGAUGCAUGUCAUUUCAGCCUGUGUUAAGCAAUGGGCAUAAUGGUCCAAAAGAUGGCCGCACAGUCUGUUUGUAUGCUAGCCACCCAUGGAAGGUGUUAUCAGAUUGGCUUGCAAGAUAACCCACAUCUCUCCUCUAACUCAUACCCUCACAAUGGCUGGAUGCACCUGUUCCUCAACUCGCCAUUGUCACAAAGGGAAAUGCUCCUUAUCAGACCCCUUAUCAGACCCCAACUCUGCAGGCUGAGACAAAUGUUAUAGCUCCGUCACAACAUAACAACAACUGGUUGUUCUGGGUGGUGUAGUGACAUGGCAACAGUCAGAGAAUUGGUUUGGGUAAAACAUUUUUACCUAAUGCACAUUCUUGAAUAAACUGCUUGCCAAUGGGAAAUGCAUGAUGAACAUUUCUGCUGUGUGAAAUAAGUUAAUACAAUGUGGAAAAAUUAUUGGUAACACUUUAUUUUGAGAGUCCCAAGAGUGCACCUGUUGAUGUUCAAAAGAUUGUCUGCUGACUAUCUGUAAAAUGUUAACUAUCUACUAAUCCUAAACCUUACCUAUAUCCUAACCCUAAACUUUAU